CCAAGCAGCAGCGCUCGGGGCUCCGGCGCGUCUCCUGGGCUUCCCCCGCGCGCAGGGGCUGGGGAGCAGCAUGGAGAAGGGGGCGCUCUGCGGGCUGCUGGCGCUGCUCGUCCUCGGCGCGUCCAGCUCCGCCAGGCAGCAGCUGCAAGUUCUAGACCUGCUGACGGUGACUGAGGCCCGGCACAUGGCCAGUGUGGCAGACAAGAUCAGGACCCAGCUACUGGCAGUUGAUGACAUUUACCUUCUCUCCACCUUCCGCCUGCCCCCCAAGCAGGGCGGGCUGCUCUUCGGCCUGUACUCCAAAAAGGACAACACCCGGUGGCUGGAAGCCUCCGUCAUUGGGAAAAUCAACAAAGUGCUCGUGCGCUACAUGCGGGAAGAUGGCAAGGUGCACUCCGUCAACCUGCAGCACGCCAGCGUGGCGGACGGGCGGAGCCACACGGUGAUCGUGCGGCUGAGCGGCCUGCGUGGGGACAGCCUGGCCAUGGAGCUCUACGUGGACUGCAAGCAGGUGGACUCCAGCGUGGGGCUGCCCGAGGUGAUGAUCCUGCCCCAGGCCGAGGUGGAGUCGGUUGAGGUGCGCACAGGGCAGAAGGCCUAUCAGAAGAUGCAGGGGUUCGUGGAGUCAAUGAAGCUGAUUCUAGGAGGGUCCAUGAGCCGAGUUGGGGCCCUGAGCGAAUGUCCCUUCCAAGGGGAUGAAUCCAUCCAGAACGCAGUGACCGGGGUGCUAAACUCCAUCCUGGGUGAGCAGGCCAAAGCCCUGGUCACUCAGCUAACCCUCUUCAACCGGAUCCUGGGGGAGCUGCGAGCGGACAUCCGCGACCAGGUGAAGGAGAUGUCUCUGAUCCGGAACACCAUCAUGGAGUGCCAGGUCUGCGGGUUCCACGAGCACCGCUCUCGCUGCAGCCCCAGCCCCUGCUUCGGUGGUGUCGACUGUAUGGAGACGUACGAGUACCCCGGGUACCGCUGCGGGCCCUGCCCGCCCGGCUUCGAGGGCAACGGCACCCACUGUGCCGACAUCAAUGAGUGCGGUUAUGCAGACCCCUGCUUCCCGGGCUCCAAGUGCAUGAACAGCGCGCCUGGCUUCCGCUGCGAGCCCUGUCCUCGCGGGUACAAGGGGAACCUCAUCUCUGGCGUAGGCACAGACUAUGCCAAGGCCAGCAAGCAGGUUUGUACAGAUAUUGAUGAAUGUAACGAUGGCAACAAUGGCGGCUGCGACCCGAACUCCAUCUGCACCAACACGGUGGGCUCCUACAGGUGCGGGCCGUGUAAGGCUGGGUUCCUGGGGAACCAGACGCUGGGCUGCGUCCCACAGAAAUCCUGCAGCAGCCCCACCCACAACCCCUGCGACAUCAACGGCUACUGCAUGUUCGAGCGGAACGGCGCCGUCUCCUGUGCGUGCAACGUGGGCUGGGCCGGGAACGGGAACGUGUGUGGGCGGGACACGGACAUCGAUGGCUACCCAGACGAGCCACUGCCCUGCAUCGACAAUGACAAGCACUGCCAGCAGGACAACUGUCGGGUGACGCCCAACUCCGGGCAGGAGGACGCUGACAAUGACGGCGUCGGGGACCAGUGUGAUGACGACGCGGACGGGGACGGCAUCAAGAAUGUGGAGGACAACUGCCGACUGUUCCCCAACAAAGACCAGCAGAACUCAGACACAGACUCCUUUGGGGAUGCCUGUGACAACUGCCCCAACGUACCCAACAACGACCAGCGGGACACGGACAGCAAUGGUGAGGGGGAUGCCUGUGACAACGACAUCGACGGGGAUGGGAUCCCCAAUGUUCUCGAUAACUGCCCCAAGGUGCCCAACCCGCUGCAGACGGACCGGGAUGAGGAUGGCGUCGGGGAUGCCUGUGACAGCUGCCCUGAAAUGAGCAACCCCACUCAGACAGAUGCGGACAGCGACCUGGUGGGAGACGUCUGUGACACCAAUGAGGACAGCGAUGGGGACGGGCACCAGGACACCAAGGACAACUGUGCCGAGAUCCCCAACAGCUCCCAGCUGGACUCGGACAAUGACGGGCUGGGGGACGAGUGUGACAACGAUGACGACAACGAUGGCAUCCCCGAUUACAUGGCGCCCGGCCCCGACAACUGCCGCCUCAUCCCCAACCCCAACCAGAAGGACUCGGACGGGAACGGUGUGGGCGACGUCUGUGAGGAGGAUUUCGACAAUGACACUGUGGUGGACCAGCUGGACGUGUGUCCGGAGAGCGCCGAGGUGACGCUGACCGACUUCCGGGCCUACCAGACCGUCAUCCUCGACCCCGAAGGGGAUGCCCAGAUCGACCCCAACUGGGUGGUUCUCAAUCAGGGCAUGGAGAUUGUACAGACCAUGAACAGUGAUCCAGGCCUGGCAGUAGGCUACACGGCCUUCAAUGGGGUGGACUUCGAGGGCACCUUUCAUGUUAACACCAUCACGGAUGACGACUACGCUGGCUUCAUCUUCAGCUACCAGGACAGUGCCAGUUUCUACGUGGUGAUGUGGAAGCAGACAGAGCAGACGUACUGGCAGGCGACGCCCUUCCGGGCAGUGGCCGAGCCAGGUCUACAGCUCAAGGCCGUGAAGUCCAAGAAUGGCCCCGGGGAGCACCUGCGCAACGCCCUGUGGCACACAGGCCACACCCCAGAUCAGGUCCGGCUCCUCUGGAAAGACCCCCGCAACGUGGGCUGGAAAGACAAGACCUCCUAUCGAUGGCAGCUCACACACAGGCCCCAGGUGGGCUACAUCAGGGUGCGGCUCUAUGAGGGACCCCGUCUGGUGGCCGACUCUGGGGUGAUCAUUGACACCACCAUGCGGGGCGGGCGGCUGGGCGUCUUCUGCUUUUCCCAGGAGAACAUUAUCUGGUCCAAUCUGCAGUAUCGGUGCAAUGACACGAUCCCAGGAGACUUUGAGCCUUUCCGCCGAUUCCUGCUGGAGGGCCGUGAGUGAGGCAGCCUCCUUCCCCAGCCACUCCUAGGACCUCUCCAAGUGCGUCACCAAAGGACUUCUUGUGGCCUCCACAGCCUCCUCCCUGAGCUGGGCCUCGGCCUCUCCCUGUCUGUGGCCCACAGGCCUCCAUGCUGUCCAGACCCGGGUACUGGAACCCAUCGGACCUUGCGUUGUGCCUGCCCAGCCCAGCUGGGCCUGUCUCCCCCUCAGCAGGAUAACCAAAGCACACACUCUCGCCAGGACCCAGCCUCAUGGGGCUCUGUAGCUGGGCAUUGAGCAAAGGACCGCAAGGCAACUGGUGUGUCUUCUGGUGGAUUGGGGCCAUCAGGCGAGCUUCUCCAGUUGGUACUGCUAGUGCCUAAAGCACCCGCCCCUCAGCCCUGGCGCUCCUUCUCCUGCUGGAACCUUCACCCUGAGUCUGGCCAUAAAGUUCUGAUUGUUUUCUACCCUGUGCGCCUUGUUUCUGGGUGGGGUGGGGCGGUAGGGUGAGGAGACAGAGGGCAGAUCGACCCCAGCACUUGGAGCUGCUUGCCUUGUAGAUCCCAGUAUCCCCUGGGUUCACCGGGGCCCUGUUUCCCAUUUGAAGCUUGUCCAGGGCUGGUGGGAAUGCUGGGAUCUCUCUGGGAUGCUGCUGGCUGCAGAGAGGAACCUAGACUAUGUCCUCUUUGCUGACAUGCACUUCCAGUCUUACUGCGGUUUCUAGCCUGUACUGGCAGGGCACUGCUGGGAGGAAGCUCGCAGCACUGAGGUCUCAGCUAGGCACUGAGAGGGCGCUGCUGUUGGGAAGUGUGUGGCGCCUGGGUCCUCAGCCGGAAACUGACAGCACACUGUUGGGAGGAAGUUUGCAGCACUGGGAAUCGUGACAGGCCACUGCUGGAAGAAGCUCACACUCAUGGUAAGUAAGCCCUGGCAGGAGGGGUAACCAGUCCCUUGCCAAGGAACCUGUUCCAGGACAGGGCACUCGUCUCCUUGCUGAGCGGCUCAAAUCCCUUCUGACUCCGGCCGGGACGAGUGCAAUGCCUCUGAAAGAUAGUCAUGCCAAUUACAGCUCUCCCAACCUUAGAAGGAAAGGGACCGGCUCCCCCCCGCGGGGCUAGGGAGCAGUGAGCGAGGCUGGGCAGGAGGGGGCGGCUCUGGAGCUUCGGGUGAGCCCAAGGAGGCAGGAGGCCGGGACGAGUGCAAUAUUGGUUGGUGAUAGAACAACACUGCACAGCAUCCCGUCCCUCCUGCGGCCCUGGAAGGAGGUGCCAACCGCAGCCCUUCGCCCGAGCGACAUCUCACCUCCGCUGGGCUCAUCCUCUCGGGCUCCCCCUGCUCCAGGGGGUAGCGCCUGGCUCCACGGCUUCUCCUGGCCCCGGGGUCGAGGCUGGGCCCCAGCUGACAGCUCCUGGGAAAGUUCAGGAAUUACUGAUCCCCCCGGCACAGGCCCAGGGCUCUCUGAGGACCCAGGCAGGCCAGAACCGCCCCAGCCAGGGGGGAGACCUGCCUGGAGCCAGUGGGUCCCAGUGCAGCUAGGUUCCGCAGCCCCAUCCAGACCCACUAGGUCCCUGCGCUCCAACGCACCCUGGCUCUGUGGGAAUUCGGUUAAAUAAUCAGAGUUACUGUUGCCAUGGAGACAAGUGUCCCAGCAACAGGGCUGAAUGCAGGUCACAAUGAGCAGCUGAGCCCGCAGCCUCCCCUCCCCCCAGGGCAGCCCAGCCUGGAGCCCAGGUCCCCAGGGAAAGGACCCCCCCUUACCUGCCUCACGCCCCCAGCCAGGCAGAGGAGCAGGGAGACCCAGCCCUCCUGUGCCGGCCCCGGGCUGCUCUCUGCACCCCAUCCCGGCUCCGGGCACCUGCCUGGACUGGGUCCUGCCUCCUUCCCCUCCAAACUCUGCAGCCCUGAGUGCGAGGAGCGCCCAGCCCCGGGCUCCGGCCCCAGCCGCAGCAACAAUGGAAAUGCCAAGUCGCCUGAGUUCACUGAGGCAUGGAGAGUCCCCUCUUAAAAGGGCAACGCGCUCCCACCGGCCUGGGACUGAACCAACCCACUGGGGAUAGCCCAGCUGCCCGGCCUGGCAGUGGGUCUAGACUGUGCCCUGCGGGCUGCUCCCCAGGGUUCUGCCCAGGCCAGUUUUCAACAGUGCAAGCCAGGGGGCUUCCAGCCUUGUCCGGGGGGGGCGGGCACAGCCCUUCCCUGCCAUGCCCUGGUGCAAGGGACGGGGUACAGUCAGGUGGUUAUGCCCCCACUCCACACCCCCCAUGCACAGGAGAUGGGGCUGAGGACCUGCUGGAGGCAUUCAGUGCCACUCCUAGUCACCAGGGGCUGCCAUGUCCCUGUCCGGUCUAGGCGGCAGGGUCCACAGGUGGGUGUCACCUGUACUGGAGAAGCGGGGGCUUGUCACCAUUUUGAGCUCCUGCCAAACCGCACUGAUGGGAUGGAGCGGCUCAUCGCCACCUGUAGU